AUGACCGAUCCUGUUGAUCCUGCCCUCUACCUUCUCGCCCCGAGCAACGACGCAUAUCAUACGAAUGCCGCCCCCAUGCUUCUCUCCCCGGAUCCAUCUCCGGAACCCUCCGCUGUGGACCGCCCCGUCUCGGAGGAUCCACACCGGCGACCGGCUCCGGCCGCCUGCCCCCGGCCGAUCGAUCCCAUACCAGACCAUCACUCACUCGAACUGAACCCUGAUCUUUCAUAUGCAGAUGAGGAAGGAGGAACCAUUCGGGAGAAACACAUCGAUGAUGUUGUAAGCCAGGUUCCUUUAAGCCUCGCCCGCGUCGUCAUCAACAUCCAGGAACACUAUGCGUCGGAGCUCGAAGCAGAGAGACAAAAGACAGAUCAACUACUGGCACAGAAUGCAAUGAUGAAGCAAAAGAUGGAUGAGAUGGAAAAGAGAAUCGAGAUGCACGUCGUCAUUAUGGAUGGCUUCGUAGGGUUCAUGAGGGACGUCAAGGAGGGCAAGUUUGCCAUUGGCAAACAGGCGGUUCCCACCGAGCUGGAGAUCGCGAAACACUUGGGAUGCGAACAUGCCACAGAAGUCGAGACGAUCGCUUCAAAAAGCCGGCCCAAGCCGCGAAUCGUCCACCCCAGUGUAGAGCGUCCACUGCUCAAUGAGCAGGCUCGACCUGAUUCUGACGAGGACGUAGAAGAAGAGGAACCGUUUACGCUGGAGAACACUACUACUCGGACCACGUCUCAACGGGUCGAUGCCGUAGAGGAUUCCUUUGAUCAGCUCCCACCUACACCCGACAUGGACACGGCUCCCGUUCGAAGUACUGGACGUCGGGCACCAAGGAGAAGGAACCCACCCUUACGAACACGGCGUCAGGUGAGGCGGCGUGUGAGAGCAACCUCACAGAGGAGCCACAGACUCGAAGAAUCCCCAGCGUGGACUGCCAUCAAUGCAACAGAUAGCGACCAGGAUCCAGCACAGUCUUCGACGCCGAACCUCCACCUCGGGGCAAUUCUAGAACAGGAGGAAGACAAUGGGGACUUUGAAGAUGGGCCUGCACUUGACGAUUAUGCAGAAGACGAACAUUCGACCCUCGUCGCAUCUCGCUCCUCAUCGCCUUCUUCCUCGGCAGAAUCCCCUCCACUUAUGGAAGGCUACAAACCUCGCUACUCUGUCCCCCGGUCCGUCGGCUACCGCUACGCCACCGGUCCUCCCAGCCACCGCUUCAAAUACCACCGCAUGCCCAAAACCGUAGCCCUAGUCUGGACAGAAUGGAAACACGGCCUCCACGGCAACCCAGCCAUCGAGGAGCUCGAGCGCAGACACGGCACCACCUGGAGACUCGGUACACUACAGGAGCGCAAGUAUGCGAGUAACUAUGUUGGCGUGCGCCAAAAGAUUGUGCGGAAAGUUGAGGAGAUGUGUGAGGAGGGGGGUAUUGGGGUUGAGGAGGCUUGCUGGAGGCUGGAUGAGAGGGUUGAUGGGAGGAUGCAGCUUUUGAUGGCGGCUUUGAGGAAGGGGGAGGAUCCGCUUGAGGUGAUUCCGAAGAGGAGGAAGAAUGGGGCUACGUAA